AUGGCUUCAAGGCCAGUUUCGGCUGCCCGUCCGGCGGGGCAAGCACAGCCGGUGACGACGUCUUCCGGUAACGGCGAAGAUAACGGCGGUGUGCUCGUCAAAAGGCCCGCCUUCGGCACCAAGGGAAUCCCUUUCAGAGUCAAGACAAACUUCUUUCAUAUGAAUAAUGUUCCUACCGGAAUCAUUUAUCAUUGGGAAGUCGGGGUCACCACUCCUGCCGGGCUUGAAGUCAAGGAUCAGUCGACCUGCCGCAAGGCUCUUCAGGUCUACUCCGAGCAACCGAGCAGCCCCCUUUCCAAGAAAACUUAUGUUUUCGAUGGCAUGCAUAUCCUGUACACGGCGAAAAACUUCCCACAACAACGAUACUCGGCUGAGGUUGAAUGGGCGGAGAACUCUUCUCGUGCGAAGAACGGCAAAAGAAAUCUCUUCGUCGAGCUUCAAUACGUUGCCGACGUCGACUUUCGUGAACUUGCUAAGGCCAUCAAUGGCAAGAGUCUGGAGAUUCCUCAGAACUGCAUCCAGACCUUGAACAUUAUCCUAGCCCACCACCCUUCUGCCUCGCACUUCACCGUCGGCAAGGCUUUUUACCCGCUGAGGGAUCCGGAGUCGACCUUCACCUUGGCUCGUUCCCAUGUCGAACUUCACGUGGGAUACAGGACGUCCGUCCGAACGUCCGCAGGACGUGUCAUGUUGAAUUUGGACGUGGCAAACACGCUUACCUACAAGCCAGGACCGUUGAUCGACUUCUGUGCCCGAGCCGCACAGACCAGGAUUGAGCCCAACACCGUGUUGUCGCCCGUUGCAAGGUCUCGAAUCACUUCGGCGAUCAUCGGCCUCAAGGUUAGCUCUUCCAACGGCCAUCCCGAUGUUCCAACGCUCAAGGAGAACGGCGAGGCCAAGCUUUGGAGCUGGAAGAUCUUCGGCAUCUCCAAGGAUCCGGUUUCGAAGACCACCUUCAAGCUCCAAGAUGGCAAGGAAGUCACCGUCGCCAGCUACUUUGAGCAGAAGUAUGGAGUGAAGAUCCGAUAUCCCAACUUGCCGUGUUUCAACGCCGACAAGAACAAGGCGGAGCCCAAAUACAUUCCCCUCGAGUUCGCUAUCGUCGAUGAGAAGCAACUCUUCAGGAAGACUCUUGAAGGGCCCCAGUCAAGGGAAAUGAUUGAUAUCACUUGCCAACCUCCAGCGAAACGAGCGCAGAAGAUUAUGGAUGCGUUUGAGAGGAUCCGAUCUCCGGACAGCAUUCUCAACGAGUUCUCUAUCAACGUCAAUGGAGACAUGAUGAAGGUCGACGCUCGCAUGCUCCAGCCUCCGAAGCUCAAGUACGGGUCGACCUCGAAGCAACCUGAAGUGGUCCCAGGAGAAGGCGCUUGGAACCUGCGUGACAAGAAAAUGUUCCUCGGUACGGAGCUCAAAUCGUGGGCCGUCAUCUGCUUCGGCGACAAACAGCGAACGUACCCCCCACAAAACGUUGACCGCUUCGUUGCGGAGAUGGGUAAAACCUGCCAAGCGACCGGCAUGAACGUUGCCAUGAGGGACCCACUCGUCAUCUGGGAGCCUGGCGCAGCCCGUGACCCGGAAGAAGUGGGCAUUGCUAUCGGAAACGCCAUCAAGAACAGCAAAAUCAAGCCACAGAUCAUCAUGUGCCUCUUGCCCGCCGUGGGAGCCGAUCCCGUGUACAAUGCGAUCAAGCUCUACGCCGACACGAUUACCGGGAUCCAAACUACUUGCAUUGCUCAAAAGCAUGUGCAGAAGGCGGCCGUGCAAUACUGUGCUAAUGUCUGCAUGAAGCUCAACUUGAAGCUCGGUGGUAUCACGGUGGAGUUGAGUGCGAAGCCGACAUGGGUAUCCAGCGCACCUACAAUGAUUCUUGGGGCGGACGUCACUCAUCCUACCUUCGGCGACCGUACAAUGCCGUCCAUCGCUGCGGUAGUGGGCACCUUGAACGCCGCCUGCUCCGCCUUCAAGUCUUCGAUCAAAAUUCAAGAUGCCCGAAUGGAGACUUUGACUUCCUUGACCGAACAAAUGAUUGAGAUCUUCACGGCGUUCGUCAAAAAGAAUGGCCGAGGACCAGCGCGCAUCCUGUUCUACAGGGAUGGAGUCUCCGAAGGUGAAUUCGAGCCGGUGUCCAGAACCGAAAUUAAUGCUAUUCGAGCCGCCGCUGAGAAGAUGAGGGCCGGAUGGCGUCCACAAAUCACCUACGUUGCUUGUCAGAAGAGGCACAACGCUAGAUUCUUCCCGGACUUCGCCGCUGGCCAGGGCGGUGGUGGUGGUCCAGCUCGUGGAGGAUUCGGUGGAGGCCGUGGAGGAGGCCGGGGAGGCGGUGCAGCUGGCCGUGGUGGUGGUGGUGGGGGUAUCUCCUACCCGUACGACAAUGUCCCCCCGGGAACCGUCGUCGACUCGGGAAUCACACACCCGUCCUUGUUUGACUUCUUUUUGGUCUCUCAUGCUGGACUGAAGGGUACCUCGCGACCUGUCCACUACCAAGUGCUCCGAAACGAAUGCAAGCUGAACCAAGACGAGCUCCAAGCGCUUUCGUACGAGUUGUGCCAUCUUUACGGCAAAGCGACUCGGGCCGUUUCCGUUGUCACGCCCGUGUACUAUGCUCACACGGUCGCUGCUCGUGCUCGUUGCUGGUUUGCGGCCACUCGCGGCGAUAUCGGCAUGAGCCCCAGUCCUACCGACAUCAGGGAGAGUCUAGGCGUGGGCCAAGGUGGUGGAAAGUUGCCGAAGCUUCACCCUGACCUCGAGAACACCCUUUGGUUCAUGUGA